AUGCAACGCCUAGAUUACGAAUUGAAGUAUACAGUGCGCGCUGAACACUAUCUGCUGGGGCUACGCGCGCAUGUUGCGAUGAUAACGCGUCCAGCUUAUCAGUUCGAAGCUUCCGUCGCACAACUCCUGCUCCGGAUCGAGUUAUAUGCGAGGCGAAAUCGGGAGGCUGAGUCGGCCGAGAUCCUCAGGUUAUGUAAUAGGCUCCAUUGUGGCGACAGACGCCCGCUAGACGGCGCCGGGACGGCGGGCGCCGCGAGGGAGACGGCAAACUCCUCGGUAACUAUCUCCCUCGCGCCGAGACAACUGGCGCCCAGCAUGGAACCAGCGUCUCUACGUACACUGGAGAGCAUCGGAAAUCCA